AUGGAAGAUCUACUUCGUCUCGCCAAGAUCCCUCGUAAGGAUCUCCCUGAUCUUCGGACCGUCACCCAGAUUGGCCUUCGCGAGAGUGACAUCCCAAAGGGACAGGCCCUGGACUGGGCUCGCCGUGGAGCGGUCUUUAACUUCGAGGCCGAGAAGAAGGGUCGCCUUUUUGAACUUAUGAAAUCCUCUUUCGACGUCUGGAUCUGUUCGCGACUCGCUCUUGACCGACUCGGCUGCCCGAUGUACGUGGAACUCGCGUUCCAGGAAACUCCCUCCAGAAGCUUGAAGGUGACCGCUCUCGCCUUUUUCAACGGCGUUGGGCUGGACGACAGCGUCUUCCAGGACGGAAUCAGACGACUCGAAGCAAAUGGCAUCCGUCCUGUGUACAUUGCGGCGGAGUUCGCGCACCCCUUGGGGUACUUCUUCCAUCAACUUCCUCGCCGUCCCGGGCACUUGAAGGCCCUUUUGAUUGCCUUCAUGGGCUGUACCAACCCUAUCUAUUGUCGCGGUUGUAUCAGAUCUUGGAAGGGCACGGUUACCUCAAAUAAAGAGCACAUUCUGACUCCAUUUGCGAAUUAUUGCUCUGACCGCGGCUUUAUAAGUGGCAAAUAUUCCAACUGCAUCUGGAAUAACUACUCAGGGUAUAAGUGGGAGUUGCUGCCGCAGUACCAGUCCACUGGCUCGCAAAAGAACCCCAUUAAGUACACUCUUCUUGGUACUAGGACUGAAUUUAUAGAUCCCGUGCCUAUUCAGAAUCCAGACCUCCUUAACCAUCAGACUUGCCCUCGGAUCACUUGA